AGCCGAGCUCAUCAUACUUUGUCGAUCCGUCUAGGCUAACGUUAGUAGUUACUUUGCCCCCAGCACCGACUAGCUCCCUGUUUUUUUUUUUACUUCUUUGCUCAGAUCCCGUGGGGCAGUCUCAUCCUCUUGUUUCUAUUUGUGUUUUAGUCAGACCUAAUGUCAACCUGAGUCAUUUUCAGCGAUCGCUUCGCCUUUGCUGGCCAAGCUAAACGCGUUAGCCAGGUUAGCUUCUCGGCUAACCAGCUCUGGCUGCCUCUGCAACAACCAGCGAAGCCAAUUAGCUUAGCCUCCUAGUUUGCUAGCUUUGCUAACUCCCCUUUAAAACUUGACACUGACGGACACAAGUGGCUCUGGCUUGUUGCUGACAAGCCAGUUUACUAAAACUCGUGUCGUAGCCAUGUCUGGACAGUCAUCCGGCGGUGGGUUUCUGAUGUCGGUAGUUGUCCACGGAGACUCGGCUCUGAACGAGCAGGAAAAGGAGCUCAAUCAACGGCUCCGACGGCUCUAUCCGGCCGUUAACGAAAACGAGACUCCACUUCCCCGAUCCUGGAGCCCGAAGGACAAGUUCAGCUACAUCGGACUGUCUCAGAACAACCUCCGUGUACACUAUAAAGGUCAUGGAAAAACACCCAAAGAUGCUGCAUCAGUGCGGGCCACCCACCCUAUCCCAGCUGCCUGCGGGGUCUACUACUUUGAGGUGAAGAUCAUCAGUAAAGGCAGAGAUGGGUACAUGGGUAUCGGCCUCUCAGCUCAGGGUGUAAACAUGAACAGACUCCCUGGUUGGGACAAGCACUCUUAUGGUUACCAUGGAGAUGACGGCCACUCCUUCUGCUCGUCUGGCACCGGGCAACCUUAUGGACCCACGUUUACAACAGGCGAUGUGAUUGGCUGCUGUGUUAACCUCAUCAACAACACCUGCUUCUACACAAAGAAUGGCCACAGCCUAGGUAUUGCCUUCACAGACCUACCACCUAACUUGUACCCGACCGUGGGCCUUCAGACUCCAGGGGAGGUGGUGGAUGCAAACUUCGGGCAGCACCCAUUCGUGUUUGACAUUGAAGACUACAUGAGAGAAUGGAGGACAAAAAUUCAGGCCCAGAUUGACCGCUUCCCCAUCGGAGAGCGCGAGGGCGAGUGGCAGUCCAUGAUCCAGAAGAUGGUGGCUUCUUACCUGGUGCACCACAGCUAUUGUGCCACAGCUGAAGCCUUCGCCAAAUCCACCGAUCAGGCCGUGCAUGAGGAGCUGGCCUCCAUCAAAAACCGGCAGAAGAUCCAGAAGCUGGUGUUGUCGGGUAGAAUGGGUGAAGCCAUUGAGACCACCCAGCAGCUGUACCCCAACCUCUUGGAGAGGAACCCAGACCUUCUCUUCAUGCUCAAGGUGAGACAGUUCAUAGAGAUGGUGAACGGGACAGACAGCGAGGUGAGAUGUCUGGGAGGUCGCAGCCCAAAGUCUCAGGACAGUUACCCCGGGUCACCCCGGCCCUUCAGCAGCCCCAGCCACAAAGCCAGCAGCUCCCAGCCCUACCUCACAGGGUUUGACAGCAACUGCUGUAAUGGUGUGACGUCUAAUAAGAGCCACAGCUCCUCCCCUCACAGUCAUAAGCCCUGCCCCCCGGGCUCUGGCUCCACUCUCCCAGCAUCCGACAUCAGCCUCAAUGGGAGUCGCAGCCAACAGCCGAUAACCAGUAAUGAUGUGGAUAUGGAGGUCGAUCACUUCACCAACGGAGUGACAGAAUCGUCUUCCAAUGGUUUUCUCAACGGCACCUCCAAACACGCCACGGAGCCUGACGACUGUGACGCAGACAUGGAGGUGGAGUCGGCACAGUCUAAGAGGCAGCUGUGCGGCGGAAGCCAGGCAGCCAUCGAGAGAAUGAUCCAUUUUGGCAGGGAGCUCCAGAGCAUGAGUGAACACCUCCGCCGUGAGUGCGGCAAGAACUCUGCUAACAAAAAGAUGCUCAAGGACGCAUUCAGCCUGCUGGCCUACUCGGACCCGUGGAACAGCCCAGUCGGAUACCAGCUGGACGCCAUUCAGAGAGAGCCGGUCUGCUCCACUCUCAACAGUGCAAUAUUAGAGACUCACAACCUGCCCAAGCAGCCUCCCCUGGCCCAGGCCGUGGGUCAGGCCGCCCAAUGCCUCGCCAUGAUGGCACGAACUGGCAGCGGCUCCUGCGCCUUCGCCUCUGUGGACGAUUACCUACACUAGCCCCGUGCGCACGCAGACACACACACACACACACACACACACACACACACACACACACACACACACACACACACACACACACUCUCCAAGGGCCUGUCCAGAAAUCCUUCUUUCCAACUCCUCAGUCAGUGUAGUCCUAUUAGCCGAGGAGGCAUUCCUCUGCACGCCGUCAUAGAACGUCAACCAUCUCACUCGCUUCUGGUUCUGCUUUUGCUGAACGCCGCUGAGGGUCAGAAGACAUUUCUGGGCAGAUCCUUAGAGUGACACCACCUCCUUUUCCAUCAUAAAUAUGAAAUUACACCUCCACCUUCGGUUGGCUCCCCAUGCGUCUGCCUCCAUCUAACUGACAGUAGCUGACUU